AUGGAUGAUAAAAAGAAACGUAAAGUUAGUUUUCAGGAUAUAAAUGAUGAACAUAAAAAACAAAAAUAUACGACACAAGAUACACGUUUACAUAGUGGAAAAUAUACAUUAGAUAGUGAUGAAGAUGAUGAUGAUGAUGCUGAACAAGGAAAUGUUAAAGAAAUGAAUCAAAAUGAUCUUGAUGAAAUUGGACAAGAAAGUGCGACAAUUGGAUUUGAUGAUGAUGUCAAAAUAACACCAUUUAAUAUUGAUGAAGAAUUAGAAGAAGGACAUUAUGAUGAAACAGGUUGUUAUCAAUGGAAAAAAAAAGAUAAAGAUGAAGUUCAUGAUGCAUGGCUUGAUGAAAUUGAUUGGACAAAUGUUAAAAAUUAUAAAUUAAAAAAUCCCGAUGCAACAGGAGAUGAUUUUGAUGAUCAAAAAAAAUCUAAUUUAUCUAAUGAUGAUGAUGAAAUAGAUACAAAUUCAUUUAAUAAAAUAAAAACACUUCAAUCAAUGCUUGCAAUUAUGAAACCAGGUGAAACUGUUGCUCGUACAAUAAAACGACUUGGAACAAUUAUAUCUAAUAAUAAACCAAAACAACAAUGGAAACAACGUAAAUUACUUCCUGGUGAAAUUCAAACAACAAAUACUAUUGAACAAACACCAGAAGAAUUAAAAAAAAAUAAACUUUUACUUGAAGAAAUGUCUGGUCUUGCUGAUCAAUUUGUAUCUAAUGGUGAACUUGAUAUUUAUCAAGAAACUUAUGAACGACUUAAAAUACAACUUGAUCAUCUUCAAUCAUCAAAAGAUUCAACAUUUGAUAUGUAUGGUGAUAGUGAUAUUUCAUCAUCUAUAAAUAAACCAACAGACACAAAUAGUUCAUCAAAAGUUCUUUGGGAAUAUACAACAAAUGUAAAUUCAAUUGAAAAUCUUCAAGGUCCAUUUACAACUGAACAAAUGAUUCGUUUAAUAAAUACUGAAGGAAAAUUAGAUAAAAAUAAAGUAUCUUGCCGUCGUGUUGGUACUGAACAAUUCUAUUCAAUCAAACGUAUCGAUUUUGAUCUUUAUCUUGAUUAA